CAUUUUUGCUGAAAACACGUGUCACGUAAUCUUAGCGCUUUUCAAUUAAAAAAUGGCAAAUAUGCUGACUGCAAAAAUUGGACCUUCGAUUUUAAAUGCCGACUUGGCUCAACUUUCGGAAGAAUCGCAACGAUUAAUUAACAACGGUGCUGAUUAUUUACAUUUAGAUGUUAUGGACGGACACUUUGUGCCUAACCUUACUUUUGGUCACCCGUUAGUGAAAUGUCUUAGAAGUAAAAUAAAGGAUGCCUUUUUUGAAACGCACAUGAUGGUUUCCCAUCCAGAUCAGUGGAUAGAGCCUAUGGCUGAUGCAGGUGUUGGAAUAGCACUUAAACCAAAAACUCCAGUUGAUGUAGUUGCAGAAUAUAUUGAUUUAGCUGACAUGAUAUUAGUUAUGACUGUAGAACCAGGUUUUGGUGGACAAAAUUUCAUGGAACCAAUGAUGGAAAAAGUAUCAUGGUUAAGAAAAAAUUACCCUACAUUAGAUAUAGAAGUAGAUGGGGGUGUUGGACCAGCUACUAUUGAUACAUGUGCAAAGGCUGGUGCAAAUAUGAUUGUUUCUGGAACAGCAGUCAUAGGUUCUUCUGAUCAAGCAAAAGUUAUCAAAACUUUGAGAGAUACUGUAAAUUGUGUAUUACAAAACAGUUGAAAAUAGGAAAAAAGUCUGCCAAGUAUCAAAUAGAUAUAUUAUAGAUACAUUGUAAAUUAAUUAAGGAAUAUGGUAUUUUGUAUACAACUUUUACAAAAAUAAGGAAAUAA